AUGGUCAAAGAGAACGACGUCAUCGCCAUCAUCAUCGUCAUCCUCUUCAUCAUACUCGCCCUCAUCGCCUUCGGCAUCUACCGCCUGGUGCACAUCGCCCGCCACCAGGGCACCGUCACCACGACGAGCAGUUCCGGGUCCUCGGACGACAUAGAUGACGACAUCGCCCGUCUGCGCUCUACCGUCGGCUGCAUGCGCAUGCGGCGUGAGACGGAUGGACACACGGGCUUCCUGCUGGGAAAACCCCUUCACGACACACCCGCACCGGGGACCCGCCCCGGUGUGGGCUCCGGGGCAUUUAUCACGGCAUUUAUAAAAACGUAUACACACAGCGGCAUCCAGGACACGGCACUCGGCGCAGACAAGGGUUAUUGA